CGGUCAGCACAGAGCCCGCCCGACACAGGACUCGGUUCCACCAACCGUGAGAUCGUGAAGCAAGCCGAAACCCACGGUUGGACGUUUAACCGACUGAGCCCCCCAGGCGCCUCAAAUUCCUAGUGACUUUUAAAAUCCUACCUUCAUGUCUGAGAAAAAAAAAUAAGACCGUUUAUUCAGAAGCUAGCUACAUGUCUUUGACAAGAAGUAGGCGAGUGUUUCAUCGUAUAGACGAACCACAGUGUUUUUACCCCCUUUGUAAGCUGAUGGACGUUGGGUUUGCCUCCAUGUUUUUGUCCUGGCAUCGUGUGAUGGACCCUGGUGUUCUGCUGUUGAACAUAAAUAAUUUCCUAGAACACCAACAUCACACAAGGCCACCCUGUGACCGGCGGUGAAACAGGACGAAAACAAGACAGCUGAGUGAUUAGGUCUGAACCCAGGCAAAAACAAGCACGUCUCCCAAGCCACAAAAAUGACAAAACAUUCUCCUGUCCCGGCUGAUACGAGGGACUGCAGCUUCUUGACCAGUCGUGGUGCCAGCCCCUUUUUCCUCAUUGCCCCUUUUCGGUAAGAUUCACUAAAAUAACCAAGGCAUCGUGUUCUCUGACCGCAUCCAGUCCAGAACGCGGUCCCGCUUCCACGAACCGUGCUUGACCUUCCUAACACACGCCUCGAUCCUGUAAUAAAUCCUUUCGAAGGCUGUUACUGAGACACCCCGUAGGUCUCCAUGGUGUUUCUCUCUCCCCGCAACCUGCCAGCUACAGGAGAGCACUCGCACCGUAAACAACAUACAGAGCCCAUCUCUGGAGUUACGACUACAAAGAAAACCUGAUGCAACCUCUUCAGGUUGUCCCCUGUCGAUUACUCUCCUGGCUGUAUAGUGGACUGAAGUCUCCAGUCUCCACCAGAACCCGGAUUUGCCCGACGAUGGCUCGACCAAGUUCAAGUAUGGCUGAUUUUCGGAAGUUCUUUGCAAAAGCAAAGCACAUAGUCAUCAUUUCGGGGGCUGGCGUUAGUGCUGAGAGUGGGGUUCCGACCUUCAGAGGAGCUGGGGGCUAUUGGAGAACAUGGCAAGCUCAGGACCUGGCCACCCCUCAGGCCUUUGCGCGAAACCCAUCCCUGGUGUGGGAGUUCUACCACUACCGGCGGGAGGUGAUGCUGAGCAAGGAACCGAAUCCCGGGCACCUCGCCAUCGCUGAAUGUGAGGCCCGGCUGCGUGGGCAGGGCCGCCGGCUUGUGGUCAUCACUCAAAACAUUGAUGAGCUGCACCGCAAGGCUGGCACCAAGAACCUUCUGGAAAUCCACGGUAGCUUAUUUAAAACCCGAUGUACCUCUUGUGGAGUUGUGGCGGAGAAUUACAAGAGUCCCAUUUGUCCAGCUUUAUUGGGAAAAGGGGCUCCAGAACCGGAAGCUCAGGAUGCCAGAAUCCCAGUGGAGAAACUUCCCCGGUGUGAAGAGGCGGGGUGCGAGGGCCUGCUGCGACCCCACGUGGUGUGGUUUGGCGAAAACCUGGAUCCUGCCAUUCUGGAGGAGGUUGACAGAGAGCUGACCCUCUGUGACUUAUGUCUAGUGGUGGGAACUUCCUCCGUGGUUUAUCCUGCCGCCAUGUUUGCCCCCCAGGUGUCUGCCCGCGGAGUGCCAGUGGCCGAAUUCAACAUGGAAACCACCCCAGCCACGAACAGAUUCAGGUUUCACUUCCAGGGGCCUUGCGGUACCACUCUUCCCGAAGCCCUUGCUCCUCAUGAAACUGAAAACGUGUCUUAAUUGUCCCGGGGAAAGAAGAAAUUGUGGCACAUCUAAGUACCGGGCCACAAACAGAGGCGAAACAAUCAUGGGGAUGGUGAGCUAAAUGUUAGAAGAUCUAGAAAUAACCUCCGAUUCCCUGGCUGGAAUCCCACCUGAUGAUAAGUGAUGGCAGUUUAGAAGGAACAAUCGCAAACGUAGUUAGAGGGAGAAGUCAAUGAACAGUGGAGUUGAUGCAGUGUUAUUUUGUGUGAACUUAAACACAAGAUAUCUCUGAUGUGUUUGGUUGGUUAUUGGAAGGGGAUAUUUUUGUGAUUAGAUUUUCUUUUAAAGAAGCAGUCGUGCUGAUUUUAUUGUUGCUAUCUGGGCAAAGAUAGGAGUAGAGGGGUCAAACCUUGGUAUUUCUAAUUUUGGUCAAGUUUUGGUGGAAAAUAAACUCACUCUCUACGGUA